CCGGGCCCGCCCUGCUCGGGCCCAAGCCCAACUUGGCCGGGCCUGGGCCGUGAAAAUGGGUCCCGCUCCGGCCCGAUGUAUCAUGUCUAGGAUUCUUAUUGUCGAGAUCCAUGUCCCCGAUGAAGAUAGGAGAUCCAAACCGGGUGCAUAUCAAAGUCGAAGGACCGUGAAACAAGGCCGAUAGGAUCUGUUCGUCAUCGACGGUUGCUCGUAAACUUUCGUGGCAGUAUUUUCUUUUUGGAAAGGAAAGAUAUAUACCCUGGUGCCAUGAAUAAUGGUAAUUACAAUGUUCCUCUACUCUACGAUUCUUCGUCGUCUUCCAUUCCGACGACUCCCAGUUUCCUUCUUCUCUGCAUCUCUUCCUUAUCUCUCAGUUCGCCAGAAGACGUACUCUCACUUGCUUCAAGAAAUCACAAGCCAACAGGCAGCGGAAGCAGGGAAGCAGGCACACGCGCACAUGAUCACGUCAGGUUUCAAUCCCACCAUCUUCGUCUACAAUUGCUUGAUUAGUAUGUAUAUUAAAACAUCAAACUUGGCAUAUGCGUGCCAAGUAUUCGACAGAAUGCCUGAACGUGACCUCAUUUCGUGGAACACUCUCCUUGCCGGCUAUGCGCAGUCUGGCUUGAUGGACGUUGCAAAUGCGGUCUUUCAAUCGAUGUUCGAUAGAGACAUCAUCUCGUGGAACUCUAUGAUCGCUGGAUAUCUGCACAAUGGGGACUGUUGGGUGUCGAUAGAUCUCUUCAGUCAGAUGAGGCAAGCAGGUAUUGAGCCAGACCGUAUAUCAUUUGCAAUUAUUCUUAAAGCAUGUGCAAGUUUGGAUGGGAUUGUGUCGGGAAUUUGUGUUCAUUGUCUUUCCUUGAAGAUGGGUUUUGGUUCAGAUGUGUUCACUGGUAGUGCUCUUGUUGAUAUGUAUGCAAAAUGCAGGGAACUGGGAGCUGCAUAUCAGGUAUUUCAUGAGAUGCCGGAAAAGAAUUGGGUUUCGUGGAGUGCUAUGAUUGCUGGUUAUGCUCAAAAUGAUCAAUCGUGGCAUGGUUUGGAACUGUUUAUAGAGAUGCAGCGAGCUGGAGUUGGAGUAAGCCAAUCUACUUAUGCAAGCAUUUUUAGGUGUUGUGCUUGUGCGAGAGCUCUGGAAUCGGGCUAUGCAGCUCAUGGGCAUGCAUUGAAAGCUAAUUUUGACUUGGAUGUAGUUGUAGGAACUGCUAUCAUUGAUAUGUAUGCAAAAUGUGGUAGGUUGGAUUAUGCUAGACAAGUAUUUGUUUUGUUGCCCGAACAUACUUUACAGUCCUGGAAUUCUAUUAUUAUUGGUCAUGUGAGAAACAGUCAAGCGUUUGAAGCAUUAAUAUUGUUUUCUAAAAUGCAGAGUUCAAUAAUUGGUGUGGAUGAAAUCACCUUAUCGGGUGUUUUAAGUGCAUGUGCGGGAGCUCGAUGCCUUUCUCAGGGACUACAAGUUCAUGCCCUUGUAGUUAAAACAAGAUACGAGUCAGAUAUCUGUGUGGCCAAUGCCCUCCUCGAUAUGUAUGCAAAAUGUGGAUUUAUAAAUGCAGCCUGUGAUGUUUUUAACAGAAUGGAGAGAAAAGAUUCUGUUUCAUGGAAUGCAAUAGUUUCAGCACAUGAGCAGAAUGGGCUUCAUUACAAGACACUGUUGUACUUCAAUGAGAUGCGAAGGUGGUCAAUGGAACCGGAUGAGUUUACAUAUGGCAGUGUUAUGAAGUCUUGUGCUACUUUGAGUUCUUUGAAUCUGGGAAUGGAGAUACACAGCUGCAUUGUCAAAUCUGCACUGGGUUCUGACUUAUUUGUCUGUGGCGCACUCAUUGACAUGUACUGCAAAUGCGGUUCUGUUAAGGAUGCACAUAUAAUUCAUGAACGAAUUGGUAAGCAGUCGUUGGUGUCCUGGAAUGCAAUAGUAUCUGGAUUUUCACAGCAGAAACAGAGCGAAGAAGCUCUUACGUUCUUCUAUAAAAUGUUGGAAGCAGGAUUGAAGCCAGAUCAUUUUACAUAUGCGACAGUCCUUGAUGCUUGUGCAAACUUAGCUAGCAUAAGUCUAGGAAGGCAAAUCCAUUGUCAGAUUAUAAAGGAAGACUUACGGGGAGACCUCUUUAUAUCUAGCACUCUUGUGGACAUGUAUUCGAAGUGUGGCUGCAUGCAUGAUUCCUUGCAGAUGUUCAGGAAAAUGUCAAACAAGGAUCAUGUUUCUUGGAAUGCCAUGAUAAAUGGAUAUGCUCAGCAUGGUCUUGGAGCAGAGGCAUUGGCUAUCUUUAAACUUAUGCAACAAGAGAAGGUGCAGCCAAACCAUGCAACCUUUGUUGCAGUUCUUCGGGCUUGUGCAUAUGUGGGUUUAUUUGAUGAGGGGGCACAUUAUUUCCAAUUGAUGAGCAAUCAAUAUGGACUAAACCCACAGAUUGAGCACUAUGCUUGCAUGGUUGAUAUAUAUGGUAGAUCUGGGAAAAUUUGUGAUGCCAUGGCACUUAUCAAAAAGAUGCCAUUUGAAGCUGAUGCUGUCAUAUGGAGAACUCUGCUCUGUGCAUGCAGAGAUUGUGCCAAUGUGGAGGUUGCAGAAAUAGCUGCCAAAUCCAUACUGAAACUGGACCCAUAUGACUCAGCUAUCUACAUUUUGUUAUCAAAUGUUUAUGCAGAAGCAGGCAUGUGGAUGGAGGUCUCCAAUAUGAGACAGAUGAUGAAGCAGAAGAGGCUUAAGAAGGAGCCUGGAUGUAGCUGGAUAGAAGUGAGAAACCAGUUACAUGCAUUUCUUGUUGGUGACCAUGCUCACCCAAGAUCUGAGGACAUAUAUAAGAUGCUUAAUUGCCUGAUCAGCGAUAUGAAAUUUGUUGGUUAUAUUCCUUGUGACAUUGAUACAUACGAUGAGGAAGAAAACCUGUAAUGAGGAGAUGAAUCAUUGGAGGGCAGGUCUAUCUUGCCUUUUUCUUGAGAACAAUUUCUCUUGCUGUUGUGCACAUCUACCAAUCAUAGGUUGAGGCAUCUCUAGUGGCAGGAUUUCUUAGGAACUCAUCCUCUUAACAAGAACUUGGUGGAUCAUGCAUGGAAUUUCUUUCCUAAUAGUAACGGUCAACAAAUUAUUUCCUAA